AUGGGAGAUUUCAGUUUAUGCACAAACAUCUAUGCCCGUCUCUCCUUCCACAUCACGUUUAUCAAACAAAUCUUUAGCGAUGGACUGGACGGUCACCCCUCCGGCGGAAACGGCCGAUCGGGCAUGUGUCCGCUAAUGCGCCUGGUUUGUGACUACACCCAUCAUCCAGUCACAGCGCAGGAGAAUGAGAUCGUCGAUCUUCGGUCCAAAGUUCAAGACCUUGAACGCCUUAUUGCAGACUUGUCAAAUCAAUCGUCGGUGAUCCCAACUCCAGACGAGACAAUCGGGGACCUCAUUUUCGAAACAGGGCAUCCGUCUGACUUUCAUACGCAAGCCUUGUUUCUCGAACCUGAGAUUGCACAUCACUGUAAACCUGACAUGCCGGCUGCGAAGAUUGCCGUCCCGGAGAGUAUUUCCAAUGUUCUAGGCGAUCGACUCCAAGUCAAUCAGAUCGCCUCGCACUAUUUUCAGAGCAUCCAUGUGUGGAUGCCGAUCAUCAGCAAGCAAAAACUAACUCGAAUAAUAGCUGGAAACUUACGAGCAGAUACAGCGUUGCUGCUACUUUGCAUGAAACUUCUCUGUCAUACUCCUAAUGCAUCGAACGCAAGGAAUGCGUUUCUUUAUACUGCCGCAAAGCAAUUCUCGUCUAGCUUGGAAACUGCUGGACUUUUAUCACUGAGAACACUCCAGGCCAAUCUUCUCAUCUCGGUGUAUGAAUUAGGUCAUGCUAUCUAUCCAGCAGCAUAUGUUUCAAUUGGCCUUGCGGCUCGCCAAGGUAUCGCCCUUGGGAUUCACAAUCAUUCUGCCCCGCAGCUCCCGCGAGCACCCAUCAAGUGGAUAGAUUGGGAGGAGAGACGGAGAGUCUGGUGGCUUAUUUUGAUACUUGAUAGAAUCGUUACCCUUGGAUCGUAUGACCGGCCUUUGUGCACCGAAGACCCAAGUGGAACCUCAUACGUCCCAGUCGAUGACGUGGCCUGGGAUCAAGGAGAAAUGGUGCCUCCGGAACAAGUCCUGGUUUCAGCACCAUCGAAUGUCAUGGUCAGCCCGUUUGCACGGUUGGCUCAAUCGGCCAACCUUGCCGGGCGGAUAAGGCAUUGCGAUGAUGAUAAUAUUGAAAUUCGAGAUUCUGUCGAACGGUUCGAGUUGCUACAUGGAACUACUCUAUCUCUUCUGGAACUGAUCACCUCAACCUCCACCAAUGAAGACAUGGAGUAUAGUUCCCAGGCGCUCUGUCUCAGGUGA